AUGGAUAGAGUGCUGUUGAAAUACAUUUUUGACGAACUAUGCACGAGUUUCAACAAGAAGGUAAUAACCUCUUAUAGUAAAAAAAAAGAGGACAGUGAUAACAACAGUCAGAGUCAAGUUAACUACUGCAUAACACUGCAGGAGUUAUUCGAAAAUUUGGAGAGAAAUAAAAACGUACCCAUGGAUGUGUACAUGAAGAGAGAAGUACUGCGAGUUUUGUACUACUGCAAAGAUGUAAGCAUAUCACAACAAUGGAGGAAGGAAACCACGUCCGGUGGACCUGGCAAGCCACGGACAGACAAUUGUCGAGUCCACCUAGAUCAAUACAACAAUGAUGUUGAAUCCCCCUUAGAUGAAGACCUAAAUAUCAUCUUAAAUACAGCCACUCAAUUCACUGUUUACAUAAAUAACAUCUAUAUAUACAACAAGCACAAUCUGUUUUACUACGAAAGAAUCAAAGAGUGCAAAGAGAAAAUAUUGAUCCUGUUGUACAUCAUUUCGGGGAAAUACAACGGACUCAUUCAAAGCUCUCUCGGGAAGUACCUCAACAUGGAUGUCAAGAUGGUCCAUUACCACCUAAAAGUUUUAUUCCAAUAUUUGCUAAUAAAAAAAAUAAGCAUCAACAUAAAUAAUUUGGAGAAAACCCUAGAUUAUAGCAACCACAACACCCAUAGUAGCAGCAGAAACAAUACCAUAAAGUUGAAUCCGUCCUACAUUCUAUACUUUAACAUCUAUUUUAUAUACAAUUUGCUACCCAUAUUUAUAAAGAACGUGCUAUAUUCUCAGAAUGUCCUUUCGAUAAACAAAAUCAUUUUGCACCUCCUAAACAAGUUCAUUAUAAUACCACAGAAAAUUUUGUCCCUCAUAUUUUUCAAACUGCUAAUUGUGUACAACCCAUACUAUUAUAUACAAAUUAAAAAGGCCCUGAAGAUAUUCAACUCCAUUUUGUCCCACCUAAUUUGCAAGAAGAAAAUAAUAAUGUGUAAAAUUAAAAUCCAUUCAUCGUACGAAAAUUGCUAUUUAAAUUAUGAAAAUAAAGAUAAAAUAAAUUACGACAAUAUUAUUAACUUUCUCAUUUUGUUUUACUACAAUUAUGAUUACCUCAUCAAGUUUAUAAACAAAUCUUGUUACUUGAUGUGCGAAGAUUAUGUCCAGAAAAUUGAAUUCAAAAAUGAAUUCUUCAGGAGUAACGUUACCAAAGCGAGUGCGUGGGACCAACUGGGGAUACACCUAAAAAGAUGGAACACGUCCACCCAGUCGGCAUCGCACCACCCCGUGCAGAGUGCCUCCCAUGGGACGUCCAAGCACUUGGAAGGUUGCACGAUACGGGGAUCGGCGUGCAGCCCAACAAAUCAUAGUGCAUCAAAUGGAGAUUUACCUCCGAUGAGCCACUUCCCCCCGCGAGUACACCCAAACGAAAGUACCGUGGACGCACUACAAAGCAGAGACAGCACCUUGGGUGACGAAGAAAAUAUCUUCAUGAAUGAAAAAAACAGCAAUUUGCAAAUAAAUGAGUUCAAAAAUUACGUGGAUUUAAACAUUCACCAUAGACUUAACGACACGGAUUAUUACUCCAGCUCGCAUAACGAGAAAGAAGAAUCUAGCGAAUCAGAGUUUUCCUUUAUCUAUGAAAAUAAAAAGGCUGAAGAUUUGCCAAAGGAAAUCGAAGAAAAUAACAAACCGACUGAUGAUGGAAACAAAAAAUCGUCAUCCUCGCAAUCGUCUGCCUCUUCCACCUUAGACAGCGAUUCGGAUAACAACACCUACACCAAUAACUCUGUUAAGAAUAAAAAUUUGCUCUUGAACCACCUGUCACUCUACAACAAAAUUAAGUACCUAAUUAUGAGCAAAGGCAUAAGGGGUAUGACAACCAAGGAAAUAUCACAGGUACUCUUGAUGUCCAUUAAAAAAACGAACACCUUUCUUAGUAAGCUGGUUAGAAACAAGGAAGUUGUAAAAAUACCAGAACGGCAGGACAAAAGCUUUAUGUACAGAUUUAUUGACAAUUACAUUUACCAGUAUGUGCAGAAGAGGCCACAUGCCCUUGCUUACAACGGUAAUCAAAUGUUGCAGUGUGUAGUAAAAAAUGACGAGGCAGCUCCCGGUGAAGGAGACCAUUCAAUGGGAAGGGAAAUCAUGGUAGAUGAUCUAUCCUUAAAAGGGAACAGAAACUUGCUUCCCGUUGACCCAAAGUUGAGCGGCUCACCAGACCAAGACAGAAGUGCCAUCCCGACGGAUGACCAUGCCGUAUGUAUGAGCCAACCAACUGAAAAUUUGAAUAGUAACAACAUCACGCAGGAAAACUUUAGUCACAUACAAUUUAACAAAUUAAACGAAUCCUUGAAUGUGUUAAACUACAUCAACACAGUGAGCGAAAUAGACAUAAACGUACUGACCUACAUCAUACCGAAGCAGAAGGACUCAGUGGACAAUUUCGGCAACUAUAAAGAUUUUUUUGAGCAUUAUGUGAAGAAUUUCAAAAUAUUUGAAGAUAAAUAUGAUUUGUAUACGUGCAGUUUUCAUUUCUUUUACUACUUAAAAUUUGUUCUGAAACAGAACAUCAGUAAUGCCACGUGUGCAUGUGACAGUGCAAAGGUGAGGAAGCAGAAGAAUCAGGGUUCCAUACUAAGGGAAUCGACACACGAUGAUACGUGCGUAAUGCGUGAAGAUGUCCCAGCCAUGAAUAAGGUGGUCUCAUCCGAAAAGGACAUCAAUUUUAUUAAAUACUUCAUGGAAGAUACGACCAAGUUAAAAAGUAACCUCUUUAUUAAGAGACUGUUCAUUUUUUGCCACUUCCUGCUAAGUUCCAAGGUGACUACAUUUCGGUAUCUCCAAGAUUUAUUUAAUGCCAUAGAGAGCAAUGGAAGGACGAUUGAUAGAAAAUCCGUUCAAAGGCUUUUUAAUUACUCCACCAAAAUUAAUUCCUUUUUUAAAAAAUACACACUUCUUAACAGCAAAACUGUUAAGUACUAUUUCUACGAUUCGAAUGUCCUAUCCGAAAAGCAGUCCAACGAUUUGUAUGCAAAAAUUCAACAGGACUAUGCCAUUUCGUCGUACAAGCACGCGAACCCUAAUGAUAAAACCAACAAAGAGAAAACAGAAUAUUAUAAUAUAUCCAGUGGUAACAUAAUCAGUAAGAAAUUUAAAUACACCGUUAAUAUUUUCAAUGAGAAAACGAAAAGUGCUACCGAUUCUGCGCAGCAAGGGGGCGCCCCCACAAAAGAUGAUUCCGACUUGACCGCACACAUGUAUAGUAACGGGGUCGAUGGUGCUUAUUUUUCUUCCAAUCGGGAAAAGGCCCUGGAAGAUCAUUUUAUCGAUCUCACGAAAUAUCCAGAAAAUAGUCACCACAAGGGAGUGACAUCGUACAAUUAUUCAGCUACAUGUGUAGACCGCAAAGUGUGGCAUAGCACACUCUACAAUGGAGAAGCGAAUAUGGGUGACCCUAAUAAUAACCUCCAAGACAUAAAAGGUAGAUGUAACCAAACGGGUGCUAACCUGUCCGCCCCAAUUCCGAAUGAUACAACGAUAAAUUCAUUUGAAUCUGUAGAAGUAGCCAAUCGAAGCAGCAAAAGAAAAAUGGACACACCUUCAACCAAAUUUCUCAAUAAAAGAGGUAAAAUGGAUCAGCCGCACCAAAUAUGUUGGAUUCAGAACAAACAUCCAAAUGGCGACCAUGAUGAAGUAACUCCAUACCACUCCAAUAAAGGUGGCAUAAAUUCCACCUUCAAUGAUAAAAAUGAGAUUUCCAGAGCGGGACACCCCAUAGCAGAAAUACAAGGUAACAACCCUAGUACGCAACUCAGCCUCAACAACAACGCUGGCAUAAGUUUAAACCAAAAAGGAACGGCCUAUAACGUGCUCUAUAUUGACAUACUAAACGAAUCAGCCUUUAAGUGUAAGGAAAACCAAAUUAUUAGUAAAAAAAUAAAAACCAGCAAAGUUUUUCAAAAUUGUAAAACCACCCAGGAAUUUUCAUACAGCAUAAGCUAUUUCAACGGGUACAUAUUUUCAAAAAUGACCAGAUAUAAAUAUUUCCACAAAUGCUUAAUAAGGAUACUAAAGCGGAAGAAGAGGAAAAGGAAAAAGGCAAGAAAAGCGCGCACUGCAGAAAAAGCAAACGAAUGUGACACACAAGCUGUACUCACUCCAAGUCCGGAUAACCCAAAAAAGAGGAGAUUAUCAUAUAUAGAAACAAUGAAAAGGAAUUCGUCCCCUAAAAGGGCCCAUCAAGUACCUUCGAAACAAAGCAGCAACACACUAACCGUGAAGGACAUCUUAAAAAAUCUCUACCUAGACGAAUACCUAAAAAUCAUCAGCGUGGGAUGCAAACUCAAAUACAUAGAAGAUUAUCUCCUACAUGAAAAACGAAAAAAGAGAAUGAAAGACUUACCCCCAAUUCUCUUCGAAUUUUUGACGUCCUAUUCUUCACUAAAUUGUAACAAGCAGCGUAUGAUCGAAAGCUUUCUCCUAAACAAGAAUGAUCAUGCGCAUUUCCUCAAUUCACCAAUCAGCGCAUUCGUAACAAACGGGAGCACCGGGAACCAUAUGACCUCCCCACCGCAUUACACAACCGCGGCGGAAACACCGAGUACCACUACGAAUAAAGUACACAAGAAUACGCGAGACAGCGAUAAGCCAUAUGAAAAACUAAACAGUGACCAUUUGUGCCAGCAUGACGUAAACAUUAUCAAAAGCAAUGACAAAAUAUGCGUGUUCUUUUUCUUAUACAGAAAGUUAAAAUUUCUCUGCAACAUGAAUUUAGUAAAACUUAAAUUUAAAGACAUGAAUAAAAAUCACCCUCAAAAAUGGAAACCUAGCGUUGGUUCAAAUCCAAAAAAUAGGGAACUUAAUUUAUCCUUCCUAGAUUUAAAAAAGAACAAUUUGCAGAUUCGUAUCAAGCAAAACGUUAGUAUUCACUUGUUCGCGUCCAAAAAGAGUAAAAAGAAAUUGCGCAUCUACAACAUGCUUCGCUACAACCACUUCGAAGAAUACUACUACAACAUAUAUCUGACCGUUGAACGGUUCAAGAAAUUUCUCGUAGAAGGGCACAUGCGAAAAAGCGCGAGCGAAAAAUUGACCAUACAAGACAUUCUCAAAAACUCCAAAAUUAAAAACAAAGGACUCAAGUUUCUCCUGCUACACAAUGCCUACACCAACCAAUUAUUCCUAACAAGGAAACUCAGAAAUCUCUUCAUUAGCUUAGUUAAAAAAGUGAAAAAAAAAAAUAUUUCAAAUUCAAAGCUAGCAGAAAAUUUAACAACCUACAGGGAAUACAACACAUUUAGGGAAUCAUAUAACGUAUCUAGAGGUAACAUUGAAAAAUACUUUUCCAUCUUUUACGAUUGGUACUGUAAAGAAAAAAAUGGGGGUGCAACCAUGACAGAGAAAGACCUGUCCUUUUCAUGCCCCUUCUGCAACAACAUAUAUUUUUUUAAAAACGAUUUGCUCAGCCACAUAUCCAAUGUGCAUAAUGUAAACAGGAGUUUUUCAGACCUCAUUUCCUUCUUUUCAAAUUCGAAGCAAAUGAUACAUAAGAAGCUUAGCGAGUUUUUGAAGAUCAAAAAUAGAGUCAAAGCCAACUCAAGCGGCUUCUCUCCGUACAAUUUCCACAGCCAUUUGAAUAACCUCAAUCUGGUCAACCCACCUAGGGGGGGAAAUUCCACAGGUAUAGGGGAACCCCAGUCUUUGCAUUAUAUUGACCAAAACGCCAACAUGUACGAACCUACAAUUGAACCCCCCUGCGAAGUAUUUAAAAAGCAGUUGGAGAAUGGGCCACAAAUGAAUCAACAAAGGAGAAAAGUCAAUUCAUCUAAUGAUAUUGAACUGAUGCACCAAGAAUCUACGCACAUUAAGAGAAAACACGCAGAAAUUAUUGCUAUGCGAGAUAAGGUCAACAGUACAUACUGUGGGGAACCUGCCAAUGUUCCCUUAAGUAGCUGCAAAAAUGGGAACUCGAAAAAUUUAAACAAUUUCAUAGAAAACGUAAAGGUAAAAUAUUCCCUGCGCAUAGUUUAUAUUUAUUUUGUAAGUGUAAUUGUGAAGCUAGCCAUGUCGCAGAAAUAUUUGGAAAAAGCAAAAAAAAAAAGCGAACGUCAAAAUGAGCAACUUCUUCUAGACAAGUCGCAUCAAAAUGGAGAAAAUUGUUCUUCAUCGGGGUGGGUAUUAUCGAUCAACGAUAAUGACGAAAUGGAUAAACAUAUCCUACACGAUAUUUCCAACGACAGAGAAAUAACCCGGGCACGCUCCUCAAACGAACACAAGAAAUUACGCGCGAAGAAGAACAAAUUUACCAAGGACCGAAGGAAAAAAGGGCAACUGCGCAGUGGAGUCACCACUACAUCCCCAAGUCUUUACCAUAAAGGAAACGAAUUGAAACGCCGUAAAAAACAAUGUGUGGCAUUGCUAUCCUCCCCUUCGGACAUGCCAGACCAUCCCAACAAUUUUGCCUCAAUCCAGCUGAGAAAAUUUCACGUAAUAUACCAUUUAAAAAAUAGGACAAACUCGGAACCCUACAGAAAGAGUAUAUGGAUUAAGGCAAACAAUAUGAUGAUCGGAAAAUUCAAACAUAACGUGUGCACGUACAUCCAGAAAAAGCUAUUCCUCUAUUUCAAAAAGAACAUUGUUAACUAUUUUUUCAUUUUGUCGAAUGAAAAUUUGGCUAGAUGUAUUCUGAACUACUUUGCAACGCACAUAUACAACUCUAACUACGCCAAUAUCAAUUAUUACUACGAUAAGUACAUAAAAAAUAUUUUCCACUUCAAAUUUAUCUCGCUUGUGAAUUUGUUAAAUAUUUUUAUAAUAAAUUAUAGGGAUCAGUACUCACUGUACAGGGAAAUUACUAAACCGUUGUAUUUUCAAAAAAUGAAGGACAUAAAAAAUGCCCUAAGAUUUAUAAAAAAAAGAAAUUACGUCGUGGAUACAUCAUACGUCUUAUCAUAUUACAUUGCCAAUGACCUUGUGUGCGACAAUGUGUAUUCCUACCUUAUAUAUAAAGCCAUUUUUUACAAAAAGAAAUUAUCGCUAUCUUUGAAGAAAUGCUUUCUGGACAACGUUGUGGAUAUUAUGUACCUCUAUGGAGUUUACCACUCUACGAAAAAUUCGGAGACCGUCCAAGCGGAUGUCUUGCAAAGGAAUGGGAACAUCCCUAACUGUCAUUUAGGGGAAUUACUCUACCACAUGGAUGCAGUGUAUGGGGAUGAAGAUGGCAUAAUCGGAGAGGGAGCGUAUUUUGAGGAAUUUACGAAUGGUACAGCGCCGCAGAAUGGUUACAAACAUUUCAACUGCAACGCUCAGCCGAAUAUAUGCCCCAUGCUAAAUGAUUUGAGCAGCCGUACUUAUGAUCACAGGGAAUACCCGGUCCCUCCCCACGACACGUACGACGUCAUGCAAAAUGAUAACUUCCCGAACGCAAGUUCUAAUGGAGAAUGCACAAAGUACUACUUCCAGAAGAAGCUAACCAUUUUUGACCUAAAUUACUAUGUGCAUAAGUUCCUCAAGGGGGACAUGAUCCUGUACGCAUGUAAUAACUACAUACUGGCGGAUGAGGAUGCCCAAACUGGACAUUUUCCCAUCGGAGGGGACCAGUACGAGGAAGAUGACCCCUACGAGUUUGGCAACUUCGAGGAGGAUCACUACGCUGACGAUCAUUAUGCGGAUGAUCCCUAUGGGGACGAUUCCUACCCUGAAGACCACGACUCCUCUCAGGAUGGUAACCAACUGAGCACCUCGGAAAAGGAGACUCACCCACGACGAAAUAAAAAAAAAGGUAGACAGAAAAAUCACGCACCAAAGUCAAAACGGACCAGAAAAAAAAGAACGAGCAAUUGCUCCUCUUACAGUUCUAAAAGCAAAAGGGGAAACGUAACAAGCGUUAUGGAGAACCCAAGCGGAUAUGACCAGGAGGAAGAAAAAGCCAUGAGUUACAUUUCGUCCAGUGCCAACAACUCAGAUAUAUUUGACAACCUUUCAGAUGAUUUCGAAAUUAUCAAACUUCUAGAAAAUGCAAAUGAUGGAAGAAAGAAAGUUCUCGGAGGAAUAACCAAACAUAUAAAAUGUCUAACGAAACAUGUUAGUGAGUACUUUCCCAAUUACUACAUCUUAAACGAUUGUGAAAAGAAAAAAAUAGAAAAAAGAUUGUCCCAAAUUUUCUCCAAUGAUAAUGAUAAAAAUUGUUCCAAACUGAAUUACUCUCUGCGGCACUUGUACUACCACACCGAUCAGCAAAACAACAAUCUCUUUACUUAUUUUAAAAAAUAUUGUGUACACAUAUACGAGAAUCUCAUCAGAGGUGCGGUGCCCACUGGGUCGUUUAAGAAUUCCAUCCUUCUAAACAUUAAUGAUACGAAUCGCGUGAACUUUGCAAAUCUUUUCGGUAAAUAUGUACAACAAAAUAACUUCCACAACAAUUUCAUGUAUACUAAGAACAAAUUACUAAUUUAUAAUAUUAGCAAAAAAUCCUUCAUCGAUUUUGAUUGGUAUCCCCAGAAUAUCCACCUAUAUAACAUCGCUUACAUUUCGAAUACCCCGAAGAAAGUCGAGUCUUUGCUGGAUAUCCAAGUCACCAAUCUUAAGAAUAGCGUUUAUUGGCUCGAAAGAGACAACCACAAAAGGGCCAAACUGGGGAGCAAAAAAAGGAACACCCAUUCUGUUUCUUCUAUAACAAACAUAGGACAGCCAUGCGAACACAUGUACAAGCAGAAAGGGUCAGAAAUGGCACCUACGGGAGGCUACACUGAACAGGGAAAAGAAACACACACACAAACACCCCAACGCUAUAACGAACGGAAAAACCCUUUUGUAAAAAAAGUGAAGGUUAAAAAAGGAAAAGGAAAAAGGGUGAAUACUCUUAAGGAGUCAUUUAUCUUCGUUACACAAAUUUUAUAUCAUGUUUUCUACCUGAGCGAUAUGCUAAACACAUACGAUGAUUGUGAAAACAGCGAGGAUGACACAUCCGAAAAAAAGCAAAGGGAAAGUUCUCAAUGUGCAAAGCUCAACGAGAUGUACAGAGGCCGCGACAUCGAUGAAGCUAAGCACGAUAGCUUAAUCUGGGACGAUCCUAGCAUCUGUAGAGAUAGUGCACAACGUAGAAGCGAUAGCCCCAAUGGGGAACUUGGAGAAGCAGACGAGGAGGAAAAUCCAGUUGAUCGCGUUCUGAGCGAAGAGCCCAUCGAAAUUCCAACCGAAUUGGCAAACGACGACAAUGAAGAGUAUUACAAUCUGAACAAGUUAAAGACGAACGAGCUAAGAGUCAUAGGAAUGGUGAAGCGGCUUAACAGCCAAAAAGCGAAGAAACACAAAACCUCACGGAAACAGGCUGACGAUGUAGAGACUCCCAAUAAGGACAAAGCAAACACCCAAAAGAGCUCCUCCCUGUUUAACAAAAUAAUUCGCAAAAUGAUAUUCAUCCUUUUAUCUGUUAAAAAAAAAAAAAAAGAAGGACGUUUUAUGGAUAGUUUGAAAAAAAUGUAUUUACAAGAAUUUUUAAAAGAUGCAACUUAUAAGAAAUACACACAAGUAAAAAAGGAAUAUGAUUUCAUCCUGUUCCUUCUACACAAAUUAAACCUUAUAAAUAUAUUCCCCCUCAUGAAUACGCAUAAGAUUUUUGUACCCCAGUAUCAUAGUGAGAAUAAUGCGUGUAAAAGGAAAAAUGUGUUUUAUGAACACAACUUGAAGUACCCGUUUUUGAAUAUGAUAAAUUUUCACUUGGCUAAUUCUAAACUCGAGUUUAAGAAGAGCACAGAGAAUGACGCGAAGGUGUUCGAGAAGUUCCUACUCCAGAGGGGAGUGCUCUCGAAGGGGGCACUGCUAAACCGCCAAAAGAAGGAAACAAACACCCCGGACGAAAAAUACGUGGGCAAGAAAAACGUUGAAGAAAAAGUCAUUUACAACGAGAGAAAACUAGUCUAUACUGAUUACAUAUACAUAAAUUACACAAAUAACAACACGCUCAGAAAACCGAAUUUCAUCCCAAGACUAAUUCUGUUGUUUAACCUCCCAUGCUACAUCAUCAUUCAUGAUUAUUUUUUCCUGUACCUGUUGGAAUAUUUUUGUAAAAUGAAAGAGCCCCUUGAGGAAGAAACGCAAAACGGAUUUAAAGAGAAUCAUAUUUAUCGCACCAAACUGGGAGAUAAACUGCUGUACUCCAUUGAAAAUAAAUCUUACCCCCGCGUUAUAAGAUAUAUAAAAAGGAUUAUUAACAACGCCUGUAAAUAUUUUGAGUAUAUGCUCUUCGCAUACAAACGGAAAAAUGAUUCCCCACUUUGCAAAACCAUUACACUUUACUACUUUAAUGAUGACUACAUAAAUGUAAAUAGCUUUACUUACAUGAAUGGAAGUAUCAACGUCAAAUUUAUUUUUUUUUAUAUUUUAAAAGUGUUCUUUUACCUCAAGGCAAAUCCGUUUUCCUCCAUCUUUGACAUAUACAAGAGUAUCGAAAUUCUGAGCUUCUGCGACCUGAACUUUCUGCUAAAAGGCAUGUGUCAGGACAACUUCAUUGCCUUCAAACUGAUGUACAUAUCAAAGAGGAGCGAAAUGUACAAGCUAAAUAAAAAUUACAAAAUUGUUAACGACUUCAACAAUUUGGUACUAACCAAUAAAAGGAAGACGAAAAUAAAUAGAACAUCAUCAUCCCCCCCAGGCAAGAAAAAGGCCUGCUACAUAUUUGGUAACAGCACAAGUUCGGGUGAAGAACUGUCCACUGAUGAUGACAUUUUAAGGAAAGGAAAACGAAGAACAAACGAAACAGACCGAGUAAACAGCACGAAUUGUGCAAGUUGGACAACACAUGAAUGGGCAGGAAGCACCAAGGAUGCUAACUUCACUCUCAAAAGCGAAGGAUACUACGUCCCGUCCAAGUACGACGCUUUUCUUGAAAAACUGAUGUACAAAAAAGUAAAGCUUUAUUACGUGGCUGAUGAGGAUGUCAUUUUUCAAAAAUACGCCGGUACCUUAUGGGGCUGA